CAUAUGGCUGAAACAUGCAGUCAGUGUAUUCUUUAUGUCCACUUUUAGGACUAGUAAUACUUUUAUCCCUAGUGUAUCGGUGUACAGGAAUGGAGGUAUUUUUCUAUUUUGCGUACGGCAGCAAUCUGCUUAGUAACAGGGUUCAUAUUAAGAAUCCUUCUGCUGUGUAUUAUAGCCCCGCCAGAUUAUCCGACUUCAGACUGGAUUUCAACAUGCAGAUGGAAUCAUGGGGAGGAGCCGUGGCGACCAUUGUACCUGACGCUAACAAGACAGUCUGGGGCACUCUCUGGCUGAUUGAUAAAGACAAAAUGAAAUAUUUAGACAUGCAAGAAGGUGUGGAUCACAGGAGUUACUACGCAACAAACGUGACGGUAGCGAGGAGUGAUGGAUAUGAGAUACAAGCCCGCACUUACAUCCAAACCCGGAACCCUGCAAAGAUACAAAUAAGACCAGGAGAAUAUCUGCCCUACGAAAGGCUCCCAUCUAGUACAUAUAUGAAGGUAAUAAUUCUCGGUGCGAUGGAAAGUGGACUACCGUCUGCCUAUGUCAAUUAUCUGAAGACUUUUCCAACAAACAAUAAAAAAGCACCAUUUGACAUACUGAGGUCUCUAGGAACGGUGACGCUAGUAAAUAAAAAGAUAUACAAAUUUGAAUAAAAACAUUGACUGUUAAUAUAGAAAAAUUGCAUUCAUGUUACUCGUUAUCGUUCAUUUAUUCCAUUCCAUAUAAAAAUACAGUCAUAAUAAAAAAAUAGAAACU